AUGCUGGUUUAUGAUGGCAACGAAAAAAUUGGCCUCUUUUUCUGGGAGAAAAUACAAAAACUGGACUUCAAGAAUCGAAAAAUCACACUAGUUGUUGAAGAAGAUGCCGAUCAAUCUGUACGUUUGUUACCAUUGCUCAGCAAGCUAGUCCAGCUCGACGGUAAUGAGUUUGCUGCAACCGGGCAAGUUCAGUUGCACACGUUUGUCUUCAAUUUGGCUUCCCAUAAGGCAUGCAAACAUUUGUGGAAAUGUGCCAUCGAACAUCACACUUUCUUCCGGUUGAAAACUCGUUCAUGUGUAAAGCACUCACGUUCGCAGUUAUUCCGGCUUGGAAGCACUUUCAAGUACAGAGGCAGGACUGAGUACGAAGCUGUUCAUAAGGAUGGUGCUCGUCUGUCUCGCAGAACGACAGCAACUUUUGAGAGAAGACCAAGCCAGCGAUACGGACCUCGACAAAGUCAUGCUUUUAAUAAGGCGCAGAUCAAGCCUGAGGCUACGAACACAACGCCAACUAACAAUAGUGUUCCUGUGGAGCAGCUUAUUAGUAACCUCUCCAUAGGAGAAGCAGAAAAACCAACUGUCCCUUCAUUAACACAACCUACUACAUAUACAGUUCCUACUGUACCUGUACCUGUUACUACGAUGCCAGCGAUGAGAGAAGUCGCGCCACCAGUCGUUCCAGUAAUGUCUUUUACUAGUGCGCCAUCUCGUGAUACCAGUAUCGCACCUUCCCCUCCCAAGCCGCCCUCGCCACCAGUGACUGUACCAGCAAUACCCACCUCUUCUCAGCAUAUCACAAUGAUACCGAUAUCAGCAGUGAAAGAGAAGAGUCCUUCUCCUCCUCUAGAGAAGGUCACGACGCAAUUACCGGAACCUGCAGAAACACAUCCCCAUCCCGUUCAACAUCAAGUAGAAUUCCGAAAUAUGUUUCUAACUCCUGCCUGCAGGGACCAUGGUGACGAGCCGGAUGCGAAAACUUUGACUACAAGUGGAACCUCUACGACCUCGAAAAGCUCUCUUCAAGCGGAUUUGGAAACAGAUCUAGAGAAUGUAUCACCAUCGUUGCUCACAUCCUCUCCUACUAACACCAAAGCGAAGCUUAACACUGGUAUUCCAAAGCCUUCUAAAAUCCGGCCUCCCACCGUUACCGCUAAACUCAGACCAACGGAGACUAACAGUGUACAGGAAGAUACCCGCAUAUCCAAAAUACCAAAACUGUCGGAUGGCUUGCGAACGACAAGUAACGGGCAGUGCGCAUUUUCUGGAACAACGCACAUUCCUAUUAGGUCUGGUUUCGACCGAACGUCACAAAGUCGACUAAUAACUGAUUUGUAA